AUGUGUGGGAUCCUCUUUGAGCUCUCACAGGCUGAUAACUCUACGACAUCCUCGACCUCGGACGAUCUUGUCAAAGAUGUUACAAGAAGGGGUCCGGACUCACUUGAGUCGGUGGAACUCGUCGUCGGUUCCUUACGGCUAAAAUUUACAUCGUCCGUGCUGUCGCUACGUGGGACAGCUGUUGUUCCUCAACCUAUAUUCUCGAAAUCGAACAGAACAGAAAAACAGGAUGACGCGCCAGAGUAUGUGCUUUGUUGGAAUGGUGAAGCGUGGCGCUUCAAUGGACAAGAAUUUGGAUCCGACGAAAACGACGCGCAGGUCAUCUUUGCCCAAUUGAGCUCGUGUAGUGGCAAAGUUCAGGAUGUUUUGCAGAAAAUCGAAGGACCUUUCGCUUUUGUGUUCUACGAUGGAUCGUCGAAAAGAGUAUGGUUCGGGAGGGACUGGCUUGGGAGAAGGUCUUUGUUGCGAAGGAAGUCUGUUGACGAUGAUGGGAAUUUUGCUAUUUGUAGUAUAGCAGAUCCCCAAGCUACGUCUCAGUGGGAGGAGAUUGAGGCUGACGGCUUCUAUUACAUUGACUUGCAAACUUAUACGAGUCCCUGGCACCCACACAGAUUCGCUUUUGUCCCAGACUCGGAACUAUCCACUGAGCCUCUGUCGAUGAAGCUACCAAUACCCCAGCUAUGCAAACACAUACCACCAACAAAUCCACCAGCCCUGAACCCACAGUCAUCACCGGUUAGCCGUCUCUACGAUCUUCUUUAUGACAGUUUACGACUCCGAGUACAGAAUGUACCCCGGCACUCGAUACCACUGGUACCCGGCCACGAAGGGAUACUACGGCCUUCGAAGGUAGGUAUUUUGUUCUCUGGUGGGGUAGAUUGUACUAUGCUAGCGAGGAUUGUGCACGACAUUCUUCCAACUGGGGAGCCUAUUGAAUUACUCAACGUCGCCUUUGAGAAUAAAAGAGUUCUUGAAGCUGCGUUCGCCGAGGCCAAGAAGGCUAGGAAAUCGAAGAACGUUUCCACGCAAGUGAAUGGUGAGACGGGAUUGGGGCCCAGUGCGUUGGAAGACGUAUCUGCCAAGGGUUCUAUUGAUAGUGUUUACGAUAUUUGCCCCGAUCGCCAAACUGGACGGAAGUCGUGGCUCGAGCUCCAAAGUGUUUGUUCUACUAGAGAUUGGAGGUUCAGGGAAAUAAACGUGCCCUACGAAGAGGUUGUAGAGCACAAAUCAGCCGUGAUUGCCCUUCUCCACCCUCAUGACACAGAAAUGGACCUUUCUAUUGGACUUGCGUUUUACUUUGCCUCACGCCCACUUGAAACCGAUUCCCCGAGAAUCUUACUGUCAGGGUUAGGCGCGGAUGAACUGUUUGGCGGCUACGCGCGACAUGGGACAGCCUUCAACCGAGCCGGAUACCCAGGUCUGAUUGACGAAUUGGAACUUGAUCUUACUCGUCUUGGGAAACGGAAUUUGGGCCGUGAUGAUAGGAUCAUUGCUAACUGGGGACGAGAAGCGAGGUUCCCUUUCCUCGAUGAACGUUUAUUGCAAGAAGUUAUAUCUUGGCCCGUGACAGAAAAAUGUGGAUUCGGUGCUGUUCAAUCGGGCGAAGAGUGGAGUACGCUUGACAAUGAGAAACAGGUUUUGAGGCUGUUGGCUUGGAAACUGGGGAUGAAGAGAGUGGCUGGCGAGAAGAAACGAGCGAUACAAUUUGGGGCAAGAACUGCGAAGAUGGAGGCCGCAAGGGGAGGAAAGGUUAAAGGGACGCAGAAGAUUUCCGUGGUUCCGGGAUAG